AUGGACCAGGUAAAACGAGUUCGUGUCGAAUACUGUAGAACUAUGGACCAGGUAAAACGAGUUCGUGUCGAAUACUGUAGAACUAUGGACCAGGUAAAACGAGUUCGUGUCGAAUACUGUAGAACUAUGGACCAGGUAAAACGAGUUCGUGUCGAAUACUGUAGAACUAUGGACCAGGUAAAACGAGUUCGUGUCGAAUACUGUAGAACCAUGGACCAGGUAAAACGAGUUCGUGUCGAAUACUGUAGAACUAUGGACCAGGUAAAACGAGUUCGUGUCGAAUACUGUGGAACUAUGGACCAGGUAAAACGAGUUCGUGUCGAAUACUGUGGAACUAUGGACCAGGUAAAACGAGUUCGUGUCGAAUACUGUAGAACUAUGGACCAGGUAAAACGAGUUCGUGUCGAAUACUGUAGAACUAUGGACCAGAUGUAUAAUUCCAUCAAGAUGAUGGGUAUCGAUCAUGUCCGAAACAUGCCGGGAGACGUGUGUGUCAAGCUGGACCUCCACCGCCAACCGGAAAUGAAGUUAUGA